UCGCUUCCGCUCCCGCGAUCGGUCGGUCGGUUCGGUCGGUCGAUCGAUCGAAUCGAUCACUGACCUAGCGAUUCGAUCGCCUGCUACUCCGCCGGUGGCGAUGGCUCCUGAUCUCCUCCGCCUGCCGCUCGGGAGGAAGUAGUUAAGCCCGUAUGGAGUGCUUUGAUGAGCAGAUAAUAUCAUGUUGCAGUGUAUGGACGGAAUAAAGCAUUUGUUCGCUUCUAUACUGCAGUGUUGUGAUCUUGAUCUGUAUAAGCAAUCGAGAGGCCUCGAAGAUCCUGAGCUUCUCGCUAGGGAGACUGUGUUCAGUGUGAGUGAAAUUGAAGCGCUCUACGAGCUUUUCAAAAAAAUUAGCAGUGCUGUGAUCGAUGACGGUCUGAUUAACAAGGAAGAAUUCCAGUUAGCAUUAUUUAAGACAAAUAAAAAGGAGAGUUUGUUUGCUGACCGGGUGUUUGACUUGUUUGACACAAGACACAAUGGAAUACUAGGUUUUGAAGAGUUUGCCCGUGCUCUAUCUGUUUUUCAUCCAAAUGCACCUCUUGACGACAAGAUUGAAUCAGUUUCUUUUCAACUGUAUGAUCUAAAGCAGCAAGGUUUCAUUGAGAGGCAGGAGGUGAAGCAAAUGGUGGUAGCUACACUUGCGGAAUCUGGCAUGAAUCUUUCGGAUGAUGUCAUAGAGAGUAUAAUUGACAAGACUUUUGAAGAAGCAGACACAAAGCAUGAUGGAAAGAUCGACAAGGAAGAAUGGAGAAGCCUCGUUUUGCGACAUCCUUCCCUUCUGAAGAAUAUGACUCUCCAAUAUCUUAAGGACAUCACUACCGCAUUCCCAAGUUUCGUGUUCCAUUCACAAGUCGAUGAUUCAUGACGUCAAAGACUCAAAGCUGCAUUUCGAAAUACUAGUGAAGAUUUUGUAGUUUUUUUUCUUCUCUUUGAAGAUAUUGCGGCCACUGUGUAUCAGUGAGUUCAGAAGAGAGAUUUGUCGUUCUGAUUGUUUGUAAAUUCAGCUUUUGAUGGAGUGUGUUUGUCUGUCUUCCUGCUCGAGAUGCGAUACGGAUUGCCAUGUUUCUCUGGGGCAAGAAAUUGUUGAAGGCACUGGGAUAAUUCAGUUGAUGUCCGAACAUGCGGUUAAAAACUCCCUGUGACAUUCUAUUA